UCUGGAUCCUGGGCGAGUUUCGCUGCAACAAACCCUGAGCUUCAUACUACAGACAGACUAAACAGCAGAGCAAAGCACACAGAGCAACAUCCUCCUCACAGGAAGCACAGCAGCAGCCAGCACACACUGAAAUCCGGUUUAUUUUACCGAUGUGACAGCAGGAGACCGUGAGAGAGCUGCAGACUGUUGCUGAACCGCAGGUCUGAACAGGUGGGUCCAUCUGGAGAACCAGCAACUGGACAUGGAUUACUGGAGAGAGUCUUCACCGCUUUGGAUUUAGUUAAGACGCCGCUCAGCGCUGCGCCUCCGUCAGUCUUUAACCGUUCAAGUGGAGCAUCAAGAACAGGUGGAUCCUGUUUCUGCGUUCAGCCUAAUCCCUCCUCCAUCCGCCCUCCACCUUUAUGGGGAACCAGGUGGAGAAACUAACGCAUUUGAAUUACGCAGAGGUGCCAACGUCGGACCCAAAUGGGUUCGACCCGGACGACGACGGACCGCGGAUUGGUGUCUCUUACAUUUUCUCCAACGACGACGACGACGACCAGGACGACAAUUUGGAUCACUAUUCAUCGGACAGCCGCGCAGUGAGCCAUGAGGAGAAGCCCUUCGACCCGCAGGACGAGCUGGAGUGCGCCAUCUACUACCGAGAGGAGUGCGUCUACGAGAGGAGCACCGGAGCCGCGACGCACUCACCGGAAAGUCUCCUGAACAAGUGCAGACCCGGAGACCUGCUGGAGUUCGUGGCCACCGGACAGUAUCCACAUUGGGCUGUUUACGUAGGGGACUUCCAGGUGGUUCAUCUGCACCGAGCCGAGAUCAAGAACAACUUUCUCACCGACGUGAGUCAGGGCAAGAAGGGCAGGAUAGUGAACGGCCUCUACCGGUACCGUGCGCUCCCGCCGGAGGUGAUCGUGCGCAACGCCCUGGACCACGUCGGCUCCAGAGACAGAGAGCUGUACUGGAGGAACUCGGAGUGUUUUGCCGCCUGGUGCCGCUUUGGCAAACGGGAAUUCAAAAUCGGAGGGGAGAUACGGAUCGGGAAGCAGCCGUACAGGUUAAAACUCCUCUUUUCAGAAAAGAAGAGUCACGUCCUGGAGUUCCAGAGCCUGGAGGACGUGAUCAUGGAAAAGAGGAGGAACGAUCAAAUUGGCAAAGAUGCUGUGAUGCAAGAGCUGGCCAACCACUUGAACGCGACACACGAAAUCAAAGAGGAGCAUUUUGUCAAUUGAUAAAGGAUGCUGUGGUCAUCUGGUGAGAAUCUGUGCUUCACUGAGCCUCAGUGCUGCUGAGGAGCGUUUCUGCAUCCAGUCAGCCGGUUAACAGCUCGUGUUAACGUGCAAAAAAAGAGUGUCUCAAAUCCAUCUUAAAUAUUUCUUUCCUUCCAAAUGCGAGGAAACCCCCAUGUCAUCUGGAAUAACACCUAUUCCAUUCUCAAGUGCAUUAGCCAAGAAGAUCACAAGGAUAAAAUGCCCAUGCUUUAUUUUACAACAAGAUGAGACAAACCAGUGGCAGAUUCUCCUCCCUCAGAAGAAAAUGAGAUUUUACCCUCUGAGCCCACGAAUAAGUGACUUGUUAUGAUGGAUACAUGUGCAUCCAGUUGAAAUCCAAUAAUUUAAGGUAGAAGCCCAAAUUUAAUUGCCCAUAAUUAUUUUUCUAAUCCAGUGAAUCUUUGCACAGAGGAGCAGAUAAACCUCUCCUUGUACUUCUAUGUGAUGAGUGCUGAAAGUACCUGCUCCUGCAUAACUCAGGUGUUGGAGACCAAUACAGAGUGAAAGAGACAGAUACUUGCUUUUCUUAUUGUGUCUCAACCACAAGGUUUCCCCUCCGUUGCUUUCAAUCCAAUCAUCACACAGCUUUACCUUCUCUGGACUUCUCUGGACACCGUUCAUAGCCAUGACUGUGCACUUUUAUUGAUUCACCUGUUUCAGCAAUUUAUUUUUUUGGAAACAAAAAAGAUGUUUGUAUGAAGGAUUAUGGAAAUAAAUAUAUAUUUGAAGAGUAAA